AUGACAUUCGUGCUGGUUGCGUUGGUUUGUGUGAUGCGAUUUUACGUCCGACAGGACGUAAAGCUGUGCUUCGAGGAAUUGACUAAUUCUAUGAAUCUUUUUUACUGGAGUAUGCAUUAUCGUCUCAAAGCUCUCCUCUUCACUAGCAGUAUUGCCAUUCUUCGCCUGCAGGACGGGCGCAAACAUCAAGCCACUCGUUGUUCAAAAUAUUCCUUUAACGACGAUUUUAGAGAAGAACAAUCUGUAUAAAGAUCAGAGCACAUUUUUCUUCACAAUUAUUGCCAAAAUUGUUACUUUGAGAAGGUGUGAAGUUACUCUGGAACAGCCAGAAAUUUAAACCUUGCCAAUAAUCUGACUGUUGUUGUCUGACUUUCCCGCUAACAACUCACAUAUAAUUUCCAACAUGAAGCCAAUGGUAAAUACUGAAAACACUCCUUUGGGGUACCGGCUGCUCACAGCUGGAACAGCAGCAUGUGUGGCAGAUUUUGUCACUUUUCCCCUGGACACUGCCAAAGUUCGGCUACAGAUCCAGGGCGAGGGGCGCCCUCUAGUAACAGUCAGCAAUGGCAGUGCUGUCUUGGUACGCACUGCUUCGGCACAAUAUCAAGGACUUGUGGGCACAAUUGUCACAAUCACUCGACAAGAAGGCACCAGGAGCUUGUACAAUGGGCUGUCCGCGGGACUCCAGCGGCAGAUGUGCUUUGCGUCAGUACGUCUGGGACUCUACGAUUCUGUCAAGACGCUCUACCAGCAACUCCUAGAUGGUAACUCACGAAGUGGAGCCCUGAAUAUUGGGGCACGUGUAGCUGCUGGAAUCACCACAGGUGCUCUUGCCGUCCUCAUUGCACAACCCACUGAUGUGGUGAAAGUGCGCCUGCAAGCCCAGCGCCAAGGUUCAGGUGGUGCCCGAUACUCAUCGACUUUAAAUGCAUAUCGCACAAUUGCAACUGAAGAGGGAGCGCGAGGGCUUUGGAGAGGUACCUUUCCAAAUGUGAGCCGUAAUGCCAUUGUCAAUGUGUCAGAAAUUGUAUGUUAUGACAUUAUUAAGGACACUUUACUUUACUACAAUUUGAUGACUGAUUCAGUUCCUUGCCAUUUUGUAUCUGCAGUCAUUGCAGGUUUCUGCACCACUGUUGUUGCUUCCCCAGUGGAUGUAGUUAAAACAAGAUACAUGAAUUCAGCAGAAGGUGAAUACAAAGGAGCUAUGGACUGUGCCGUAAGGAUGCUUUCACAGGAAGGACCUGCAGCUUUCUACAAAGGCUUCACUCCGUCCUUUUGCCGUCUCGUCAGCUGGAAUAUUGUAAUGUGGAUCACUUACGAACAUCUGAAAAAAGUGGUUCAGAACAAAAUUAACCACAGCUCUUGAGAAGUUCACCAAUAAUGGCAUUAUGUGUAAAAGUAUCUGUAUAUCAGUCACAUUGUAAGCUAUUAUUGUUAAUUAUUUAGACACAUUAUUUCAUAUUAUCAUAGAGCUUCAGUUUGUAGACGCAUUUAGACUUCUUUUUAUUUCAUUUUAAUCUUCAAAAACGAUGGGCCAGCUUGGAAUGUGAUCGUAUUGAGCUCUCAAUCAGCGCAACAAGCAAUCAAGGGCACCUAUGUGUUAAGAUGGUGUUUCCUAAAGUUUAGGAUUUUAAUCAUUUGUGUAGUUUUUAAAACAAAUCUUUUUUCCCCCACUUCAUUUUCAUCUUAAAUUAUGAAACAUGCAAAUCAUUAUUUUUUUAAUGAAGAAUCAAAAAAAUUGUUGCAUUAUUGAGUUGUGUUACAUCUUGAAAUACAUUUUCUUUUAAUAUUUAAUAUCUUUUCCAAAGUAUUCAUUAAUUUGGAGUGUGUCAGAAAUCUCACCACAGUAAAUUUUUGCUUCAGGCUGGCUCUAUUGAAAUCAAUGUACACAAGCUCUCAGCACAAUUUUCUUUGUAUUUCAGAAAUGGUUCAAUAAAGUAGCAGUACAUUUUUUAAAACUCUGCUUAGGAACAAUUGUCAUGGUCAAAAACUUUGGAGUAAAAUACAUAAGCAAAAUUGGUAAAAAUUAGUGCAAGCACAAUGUUUUUAUCAGAAAAUGCAGUGCAUUGUGAGCUGUUUUGUAGUAAUAUCUGUUGAGUAUUGGGUAAUACUUCUAAAAUAGAUAUCACUUGUAAAGACACAUUCUGCACGUUAGUUAGCAGAUAAAAAAGUGCUUCCUUUCUGAAGCAUAAUAAACUGUUGUCAAAAUUUUUUAAUGCAACUCACCGAUACUUUUGAAUUACUUUUAAUGACUUGAGCAAUUGUUCUAUUAAGCAUUGGGGACUUGAAGAUAAUGAAUUGUGAGAAAUGAAUUCAUAAUCUUAUAUUGUUGUUUAGUGGUUUCCAAACUUUCCCCAGAAAUCUACAAAAAUUAUAACCAUUACUCAAAGGUAUGACUGAAGAAACUCAAUACAUUGAAUUACAUUUUUUUUUAUCUGUCCACACACUUAUAUAAAAUUUACUGAGGACAUGUGAAACUAUUGAAAUACAAAAGGUACUACAGUAAUAACAAAAAUAAAACUUACAUUUUUUCAUUCAUAUUAUUCUGUAUAGUCCAGUAAUAAAUUACUACAAGUUUGGAAACCACUAAUUUUGCUUGAUAUCGAUAAACAUAUGUAUUGUCUAAUAUAUUUAUAUCACACAAUUCAUUUCUGAAGUAUUUCAUUUUCUUCUAGCUUUGCUGGAAAGUCACACAACACAGAUCAGUGUUUGGCAAUAUGAUACAAAGACAUCACUAUCAUAUCCAUAAAAUAUAAAUUUUAGUAUUAUUUAUUUUGUAAUAUCUAUAAGUAAAUUUGUGAUAUGAAGCAAUAUGAAGAGGAGGAUUGAUGAAAAUAAAAUAGGGAAUUUUAAGUUAUAAUAUUCUUCAAUAACAAUAAUAACAUUGUAAGACUAUUAUUUUCAGAGUUUUGGGCUUAAGUUUGUAACUUAACAUUAGAAAUAUGUGAUAUUUUAAUAUGUAAAUUGUAUAGUGAUAUUAGAGUAAGAUCAAUGACCAAUAAAAAAUGUUUGAUUUUGGAAGUUGAUUUUUUGUUUUAUUCAGUGUACUAAUUGUGUAACACUAGAAACUACUCUAAAAUAUCACAAAAUUAUGGAGAGUUAAUCCAAAAUUUAAAAUUUUCAGCUUUUUCUAUUUUGGCUGAAUUAAUGGUACUGAAAAUGAAUGCAAAUACAGUGAAAGAAGAAUCAAGACACUUUAUGACAAGUUCUUUGUUUUCAUUGCUUUAUUCAAUUGUUCUAAUAGUUCAUUAGUGAAGGCAUGUAAUUUUUAAUUAACAAUAAAUUAUACCUUACACUAAAUAUCCACACAAAACAAGAAAUUAUUCAUAAACUGAUGAUCAAUCCCUAGACAUGUGGACCUAGUGAAAUUGCUUCUUUUAUUUUUCCCUCAAGAUCAAAAUGAAAUUAAUUAAUGAUCACAUUUUUUACUCAUUGAAAUAUCUAAUAGAUAAAUUUACAUUAUAUGUACCAUAAGUGACUUAUUAUUUUAUUUUUUUCUCUUUCCAAAUAGCUUCUUACUUUUGACCACUAUUAUUGUUCAACUUGGUAAAUAAGCACUCAUUGCACCUCUUUAUCAAUUGAAAAUUGUUAUAAUGAUGCAAUUCUUACAAUUAUUACUGGAAAAGUUUGUUUUUUGCAGAACAUGAGCACAACUCGAAACUCAAAUAUAUAGAAACUUAUCAUGAGACAAGGAUGUGUUGCUCCAAGGGAUUUAGACCCAAAGGCAUAUUCUAAGGCUGUUAGAAGUAAAGAAAGAUAUUUUGUAACACAGUUCUAUUUCUUUUUAUUUACGUAUCUACAAAAUUAUUUUAUUAUAAGCUGAAAAAUAUAUUCUUAUGCAUAUGGGUUUGCUUAUCUAGCAAUUUUUCUGUAGUAAAUCUUGCUAUCAACAUGAACAUGUUGGAUUUAGGCCUGUUCCUUUUCAUUUUUUGUGUUCUCUUAGUCACUUCCAUGGUAUAUUUUAUAUAAUAACAAUGAUUGUGUACCAAUGUUCCACUGUCCCACCACUUGACAAGUCAUGAUUGAUGCUCAAUUGCAAUCCCUUAGGUUUCUCUCAGAAGCCUCACUUUCUCACUCCAGAUUUAACAAACAAAACUAAUAGUAUUUAUUAAAUGGUUUGAGAAACACUAUAUAGGCAUCAAUUGUCACAAUUCUGAACCCAACUGAAGGUAUAGCAUGCAACACAUACAGUAUGAUGAGCUACAGUGACAUGCAAACAUCACACGAUUGGUGAACGGUAACAACAGGGAAGAGGGUAAUAACCAUUGGAGAAUGGUCAUAUCUAGGGCUCGGAUUCUAAUGACAUGUCAUCUUUGCAUUAGUGCGUUGUUGACAUAGAUAACUUGUAAAUGAUUGUUUAUCAUGACAUAUAGGUGAUAGAAAUGUAAAGUUAUUACAUUUUUUUGCCAUUUUUCAAUUGUUAGGUCAUUUUUCCCCCUUUUUUGUUGUAACUGUAACAUGAAAUUACAAUGACUCACUAAAACAAAGUUUGGAUUGCAUUAUCAGUUCAUGGCUAAAUUAACUACAGCAAUUGUCCGUUUUUCAAAAUUUGAAAAUUACACUUGCCUUUAAUAACUUCCUCGAUCUUUCAAAACUGAUGGACAGUAUAUUUAUUAAACAUAAUUUUAUAUAAAUAAAUUUUAUUUAAAAAUUAUUUAUAUAAAUUAUAAAAAAUUGAAUAAGUAAACAUUUUCAUACCAAUUUUUGAUUAUUAAAAAAAAAUUAGGUGAUCUCCUUAUUUAUAAGUUUUGGCGAAUUUUCCCAUCUUUUUACAGGUAUGUUUAAAAAGUGUUUAGGUCAUCAGAAUCCGAGUCCUGGUCAUAUCAAUGCCUAACAUGAACAUAUUGCACAGAGCUCACUCGUAAACUUAAAAUACUUAUUAAGAGUAAUUGGCUUGGAGCUGAGCGAAUCCAAAUAACAAUGAAGGAAACAAAUAGUAGUGUCUUUCUUUUUGAUAUUAUUUCAAAUGAAAUGGAUUACAUCCAUAAAUAUGCACGUUAGUUUUUAUUUAAUUGAGAAUCCACAAAAAUGUUUAUCUUAUUAGUUUUGAAAUAUUGGAAAAUGAGAGAAAAACGAAGUCAACGACAUUUUGCCACUAAUUAAUAUUAUUGCAAGGAAAUACAUAAUUAAAUAAACAUUUCAGAGAAAUAAGUCUUUCCAAAUGAAUUUCAUCUCAGCUUUAUGAACACUUCCUACCUAAAAAUGUUACUGGCAAUUGAUUCUAUUUUAAACAUUUUAUUACUGUACAUUAUUUUCUCAUGACAGUACUUGCAUAUUAAAAGAUACAGAAAUUGGUAAAUGAAUUUCUACUGGAAGGUAAAAUCAUCAUGUAGUCUAAUUUACUGAUUACAUGUGAACUUGAUACCCAAAAUACAGUCACAAAAAUACAUAUUAUACAAUGUAAAAUCAUUCUGAACUUCACAUAUAUAUAUACAGAUUGAGAAAUAUAAAAUCAAAGAUAGUUUCUAUUAGGGUAAGAAGGGAAAUGAAAGAUCUCUAUAUCUAAGAUGUAACACGUGACAUGAAUAUAUGACUUCAAUCUUUUAAUAAUCGUAUGAACACAAUUUCAUAAAUAUUUACAAGAAAGCAAAUGACCAUUCAAAAUAUCCUUCAUAACAUUUUAUUUUACUAAUAUUGUAUGCUAAUUACCACACAUCAGUAUUUAUUUAUAAAAUGAUUCUUGCACUUUAAAAAAAAAAAAGAAGAAGCAAGCACAAAUUUUAUUACCAAUUAUUUCACAGACGAUUCAGAAUUUAAUUUUUUCAUAAAUAUGUCUAACUCAUCUUCUUCCUCCUCCUCAUUUUCAUUACCAGUUGGAGUUAUGUUACCAGAUUUGAUUAGUUCAGGGGUCUCGGAAUCAAAAUACUGUUCCUCUUCAUCUUGAGUUCUAACAGCAAGGCACUCAUAUUCUGGAUUGGUAUCAACAGUGGUAUAAUCAAAAUCAGUAUCCCUCCCUUCCAAAAAACUUUCAUACAUAUUGUUAAAAAAUUCUUCGCGGAACAUGUAUUUUUCUUCAUCAGUAACCUUACUUUGAGAAGAUGUUUGACAGGACUGGGUUUUCUUCAUCUGUUCUGUUCUCUCUCCUUCUGACUCAUCAGAAGUAUCAAAUUCCUCUAUAUCUUCUUCAUUUUCUUCUCUCUGGUUAUAAAUCUUUCCCUCAUUAACAGGUUCAUUUUCUUCUACUUCUUCAUCACUUGUAUCCAUUUCUUCUGCUUCUUCAUCAUCCAGUUGUUGCUUUUUCAGACAAUUAACAUAAUGAUCUUCUAUCUGACCCAUUAAAUGCACUACAUAACUUCUACUCUGUUUUUUAUUUGCAUAUCGAUCUUGUCUUUCCUGAGGAGUAAGGUAUUGACCAAUUAAUUGUUCAUACAUUAAAGGAUUACGUUUUUGCAUUUCUUCUUCACUGAAAUAGUCUCCUUCUUUUAUAAGUUUUUUCAAUGCUUCAAAUCGUCUGUUGCGCACAUCAACUAGAUUUUUGGUUUUACUGAGAAACCUUCUCAACUGUUUCACAUGGAAAUCAACUUCAUAAUUUUUAUUGGUACUAUCCAAAGUUGAAAAGUAGUCUAAAUGAUCUUCUAACAAAUAAUGGCCAAAUUUUGCCAAGAACCGUGCUGGAUUGUCUUUAAGAAUGUCUCUAGCUAUUUCUUUCUUCUCUGAAAAAUCCAAGUCUGGAUCUCCUACUUGUUGACUUUUAAAAGGAGCCUUCUGACUCUUGGCCAGAUGGUUUAACAUACUAUCAAUAAAUAAAAAGUCUGCACAAGCACCUGAUGGCUGACUCACUAUUUCGGGUACAUCUGGCUCUUCCGAUUUCAUCAGAGAAGGCAGAUGCUGAACUUUAUGCCCAUGUACUUCACAGUUAGAUGAAGUUUCCUCCAGGUCUGACUGUGGAACAUAGGAAUUCGAUUUCACUAUUCCUGGCAUUUCACCUGGAAUGUCCAUGUCAAAAUACUAACAUACACAGCUGUCAGUGCUUCACUUUUACUGUUAGUUAUUACUUUUACUUGCAAUUAGAAGGAGCUAAUUACAUUGAAACACCUUUCAUCAUUCUCAAACCAAUGUGAUAAUUUCACUUCACAAUGGAAUGAUUUUGUUAUUAGAUUGAUCAUUAACUGAACAUUUUAUCAGACAAAUACUCUAAUUUAUAGCACUUCACAUUUUUGAAAUGUCAGGAUUCCGCAGCACUAGAAAAUUAAUAGUUCACUGGAAAUUAUUUAGUACUUCGGUACGAGGUACACACCUGACAUGCUCUGAGGCAAUGUGUAGAAUAUGUCACGUAUUUUCUUGCCCAGAAAAUCCCACAACUACGUCCAGAAAUCUGUCAGUUAACCUGUCGCGCCUUCUGCACCAUCAACUACUUUUUGUCUCCCUUACUCCUGCAAAAUAACUUGAUCCAUAAAUUAUAUAUAACUAUUAAAUCAUCCAAGUACAUUCAGUAGAAACGUUUUGUGUUCUUAAACUGUAAAACCAUGGAAGGAUUUUCAUAGAAAAACGUUUAGAAUUCAGAAUUUGAAUUUCGAUUAUGCUCAGGUACAUGGUGGCCAGACACCAUGCUCAUUGAUGCUCAUCAUUUCUUGUGAUUAUAUUCGAUUUCAUGUUUACAGCGUCGGUCACCAUCGACUCUCUGGAGGACCAAUUCGAUCCUGAUUCGAUCUCGCACAGUUUACCUCACAACUAAACUUAUCCCUUGACUCACCUGCUCUCUGCUUUAGGGUGUAGUAUCACAAAUUGUUAGCAGAUAGCGCUAAAAUUUUUACACUUGUUUCCUCGUAUUUCUUGACUCAUCAGCACUCCUUUCUCCUGUGUCUUGGUCUUGUGUAUUUCUCUCUCUCUCUCUCUC